UCUACUAUAGCCAGGCUUCUUCCUGUCCUGUCAAAUACUGAGGCAAAGCUGUGUGCUAGCGAAUAACCAAGGGGACGAGGAUCAGAGCUACCUCUUUUAUUGCCAAUCUACAAAGGCGCCACAUUAAGUCAAGAGACAUUGCCCAAGACCCUGCCCUCCGGUGCACUUUCAAUGAAGAGGUAUACGUGUUCUCCUAAAUACAUAUUACGUCAGAAGAUUACCCUGCUUUUGCUCACUCUGUGUUUGCUCUGUAUUGUGAAAUUUAUAAAAGUUGAGAAAAUACUCAAAAAAUCACCAUUUUAUGUUGUGGAGCCACACCUAUUUUUUUCAGAAAUUACAAGCAACAAACAGUCUUUUCAGAAUGAUCCAGUCAACUGCACAGCGAUAUAUGAACUGGAGCCAGUUGAAAUUGGUAAAAGUUUAGAAAUUCGAAGAAAGCGUAUACUUGACCUGGAUGAUAAAAAAGUUGAAACAUUGACACAGAACUGUACUGCUUAUAAAAAUUUAAGACAAUACCACAUGAAAUCUUUAUCAGCUGAAGAGAAAAAUUUCCCAAUAGCAUACUCUAUAGUCGUUCAUAAAGAUGCUAUUAAUAUUGAAAGGCUUUUCUACACAAUCUACAGUCCUUGGAAUGUUUAUUGCAUCCAUUAUGAUGAGAAGUCUUCUCCAGUUUUUAAAGCUGUCAUGACAAAUCUUGCCAAAUGCUUUUCAAAUGUGUUCAUUGCAUCUAAAAUUGAAAGAGUGACGUAUGCUCAUAUUUCAAGGCUCAAAGCAGAUUUGAAUUGCUUGUCUGACCUGUUAAAAUCCACUGUUCAGUGGAAAUAUGUUAUCAAUUUGUGUGGUCAAGAUAUGCCAUUGAAGUCAAAUUUUGAGUUAGUUUCAGAGCUAAAGAAGCUAAAUGGGAAAAAUAUGCUAGAGUCAUCAAGACCCAGCAACCUGAAAAAAGAUAGAUAUAUAUACCAUCAUGAAAUACAAGAUGCAUCACAUAUAGAAUACAUGCAAAUGCCUGCUAAAACAUCUAUAUUAAAAGAUCCUCCCCCUCACAAACUUGAAAUAUUUGUUGGAAGCGCCUAUUUUGUUUUAAGCCGUCAGUUCAUUAACUAUAUUUUAGAUAGCCAGUUGGUUAUUGGUUUUUUAGAUUGGUCCAAAGACACCUUUUCUCCAGAUGAACAUUUUUGGGCAACACUUGCACGUUUGCCAGGAAUACCAGGUGAGAUUCCAAGGAGAGUAGGGGAUGUGACUGAUCUUCAGAGCAAAACGCGUCUGGUGAAAUGGAGCUAUCUUGAAGACAGCAUAUAUCCCUCUUGCACUGGAACACAUAUACGCAGUGUGUGUAUUUAUGGAGCGGCUGAAUUGCGGUGGCUUUUAACAUCUGAACACUGGUUUGGCAAUAAGUUUGACCCAAAAGUAGACCCUGUUUUAGUAAAAUGUUUAAUUGAAAAGCUUGAAGAACGACAGAGAGAACAGGUAAACUUCACAUGAAGUUGAUAAUCAUAUCGUCUAUCCGAGUGCUAAAGACAAUCAAUUUUUAUGGUAUAUAUUAAUGUACUAUUUGCACUGUUUUCUUGCCAAGUACACUUUAUGAAGUCGAGAUAUAAUUUUACCAAAGCUUUAAUUUAUGUGAGUAUAAAAAAGAAAAUACAAGAGUAGUUGAGCUGUGGGGUAAAUUAAUUAUGCCAAUAUGCAUCAAAGAUAAAAGAUUUUGUUUCAUACUAAUUCUGCAGGUGGCUGGCAGCAUAGCUAACUAGAACAUUAGCAUAUACAUAGGAGUUACCUUGCAUUGACAAACUUUUAAAUUUGUUUUCUUUACAUUUUCCUCUGUUAAAGUAGUUUGUAUUUUUAACAUAUGAAAACUUAUGUUACAUCAUUGACAACAUUCCUUAACAGAAUGAAUCUGGGCUGCUAUCUGAUAUCCAAACAAAGCUAUGAGGUUCAUCACAAGAUGCAAUAAAGGGGCGUUUUCUGUUACCUGAGAAAAAAUCAACAUGAUAAAGUAUUCUACCUCUAGUUAACAUUAACAGUGACAAAUCCUCCAUGUAUAGGGACAAUAAUUAAUUUAUAUAUUUAUGAAUGAGUGUAACAAAGUCAUUGAUGUCUAAUGUCAAUUUUCAUUUAUAGUGUCACAUCAUAGCGGCUGCAGUUACCAUCCAACAUAAUUGACACCAGGAGCUGUUAAUGAAAUUGUUAACCUUAUAAAUGUUCACAUCUUAGAGGUUCCCUGCUUCACUGGGAUAUGCAGAGUAAAUCUAAUUGGUAAAUAUGAAGCACGUCUACUGCUCAUGGCAGGAACUCUGCAUUUUGUUUUAAAAACAUAGAAAAAAAUAAUCUUUAUAUAUUUGCGAGAUAGAUAUAUAGAUAAACACACCUGCAAAAUUAUAUUGAUGUAAUUUAUAUAUGUAUGGCUUAUAUAGUUAAACAUAAUUAAUAUAAUUUGUUUUAAUUUAAUAAGUAAAAAUCAGACAAUAAUUGAUUAAAAAAAUAAAAAUAUGCAAUUGUUUUAUAAAUUCUUUUCUAAAUAUUUAAAUGUAUUGUCCUAAAUUCUUAAAUAAUAAUUACUAACAUUUGAGUGUAUAUAAAAUAACAAAAAUAGUUUAUUGAAAGUAUAUCAUCAUUUAUAAUAAAAUUAUUUGAUCUUUAAAGUGCAAACUACCUGGUUCAUAAAGGCUUAAAGGGAUACUGAACCUAAAAAAAAUUAUUUCAUGAUUCAGAUAGGACAUGUAAUUUUAAGCAACUUUCUAAUUUACGCUUAUUAUCAAUUUUUCUUCAUUCUCUUGGUAACUUUAUUUAAAAAAGCAAGAAUGUAAGCUUACAAGCCGGCCCAUCUUUAAUUCAGCACCUGGGUAGCGCUUGCUGAUUGGUGGCUAAAUGUAGUGCUGAACCAAAAAUGGGCUCUUAAGCUUACAUUCCUGCUUUUUUUUUAAAUAAAAAUACAAAGAGAACAACAAAAUAUUUAUAAUAAGAGUUAAUUAGAAAGUUGCUUAAAAUUGCUUUCUCUAUCUGAAUCAUGAAAGAACAAAAAUGGAUUUCAUAUCCCUUUAACUAAAAAUUCUUAAAGUCCUUUGGGCAUCUACAAUGCAUGUGUAUCAUUUUUAAUACAAAAUACAGAGCUUCAAAUCAUCCUGCAAUUGUCCAAAAUUGCAUCCUAUGUCCCUCCUUAUUUUUCACUUCUAUUUAUGUUCUGGAUUCUCUAAGAGAAACCUAGGACUGCACAAACCCCAACCGGAAACUAACAAGCUUCCAGAAUUACAAUGUAAUGAGGUGUAAAAAUAUGCCCAACCAACAAUUAUACAUGGUUAUCUGCUUUCAUCGUACAAAAGAAGAUUAUUAUAUUCUUUGAAUUUUUCUAUAUGAGAUGUGUUUAAGUUUUCAAGAAUCUAUUAUAUAUUGCAGGGGGAGAAAAUAUUGUAUACCUGACAAAGAGAGAUGUAGAGAUUUAUGUAUUUAUAUUUAAUGUAAAAAAAAAUGAUUUUUUUUUUCUUCUUACUAAGCUAGGAAUGUUUGGUUUAUAUAAAAGAAUGUUAUAUAUUUUCAAACCUGAUUUUCUAUAUAAGUGAACAUGUACAAAAAGUGUUUCUUCUCAAUGCCAGAAUAAUUUCACAUGCUAUAUAUAAAUAUUCAGUGUUUUUGUAUCUUUACUGAAAUUAUUUUGAUAUUAUUAUUCUUUAUUCAUAUGUUAUAUAAAUCAAGAUCUGGAUGUUUUAUUGAUCAAAACUCAAUUAAUUCCAAAAACAGCCUUAAAAUAUUGUCACAUUCCAGUUGUUAUCAGAUGCACUAUUUUUUUUUACUUAGUAUGUAUAUUUGAAGGGUGUUGUGUGUAAAAUUGAAAUAUCUGUGACCCAUGAAGUGCUUUAAGACAUUUAUUAAUCAAUGCAUUGCCAAGGAGAUCUGAAAUGCAUUAUACUACUUAUUGUAAUGGGUUAAAUUGUAUUGAAUGUAAAUAACUGUAUUUUAUAAAAAAAAAUAUUUUUUUUUUUAAAAUUAGGGGCCCUAAUCCCUCUGAUCUGAGGUUUUCAAGUGUCUGUUACUCAUUUUGCUUUGCUAUUAUAACAAAUUGCACAUCAGCAAGUUGUCUCAACUACAUGAUCCUACAGUAAUUAUUUUAGUAUUUGUAUUCAACUAUAUUUAUACACAUCGUAAUUAUGAUAAAGAAAAUGAAAUACUGUAAAUAUUCAUGAUUAAAACAAAAUUUAAUGUCUCAUUUUUUAUCACAAUUUACUGUUCUUUUUAAACAUUAUUCUUUAACAUUUUGUGUGAAAAUGCUAACAAUGUGUUAAAUCCAUGUACUACUGAAGUUUUUUUUAAAUGGGUUAUAUAUAUAUAUGUUGUGCUGUCAGUAUCUCACCUUAAAUAUCCUGUCGAGUCUUAAAGGGAAAUUGAAGUCAAAUGUAAUUCCCAAUAUAUGGCUAGAUCACGAGUGUCGCGCAAACGAAAACGGGUUUAUCGUCAGUGUUUGUGCAUGUUGGAAGUAGUGUGCGUAUGGCGGUUGAAAGUAAACGUUAACUGUUAAAUGAGUCAAAAAAGUGGCACAAAACACAUCAAAAUUAUAUUUAAAAGUACAGUUACACUCAUAAUGAAACCAUCUCAUGUAAACUAUUUAAAAAAUUGCAAGUUAUAAGGGCUCAAAGAUAUGAGGUCUCAGGUGUUAGAAAAAGACCCCUAUAAAUACAGUAAAAUAAACUUUUCCACUAAUAUAAACACUAUCUGAUAAAAAAAUAGGCGUGUUUAUAAAAAAUAUGUAUAAGGGUUUAAAGGUAUAUGGUAUAUGGCCAUAUAUUUGACUGCAAAGGGCUAUAAUAUGUAUAUAUAAAGAAUAAUUCCAUAAUACUAUUUAAUGUGUUUUACAUGUGUAUUUAUUCAACAUUCCAAUGCUCUUCACAUAAAGGAAUAUGUUAUUUUUAUUUUAAAUAAAUAUUUGUGUGUAUGUAUGUAUGUAUGUGUAUAUAUAUAUAUAUAUAUAUAUAUAUAUAUAUAUAUAUAUAUCUGUAUAUACCUAUACCUGUAUAUAUAUAUUCCUAUUAUUAUUUUUUUUAGAUUAACCGUAUCAGAUAUAUGUUUAAUAAUAAAAAUUACAUUUUUUUUUCUGUGUGAAGAACUUAGGAAUGUAAAAUAUGCAUAACGUGCUUCGGGUUUCCCAACGUAGGUCUAACGCGGUGUCUGGUUAGCGCACAUGAAGAAUUAGUUAUUUUAAGGUGCGUUACUGAAAUAUUAAAUAUGAAAUAUUUAAAAAAAUAAAUAAAAAUUAUUAUAGAAACUGUAAAAAAUUCUAAAUAGUGCACCACUUGUAAUCUAGCCAUAUGUGUUUUGCUUGCUUUUUCUGCACAAUACAUUUCUUUUGCUGUAAACAUUUUCUAGAGAGGCCAAAACGCAAAUUCUGUAACCUGAAUAUGUAGCAAGAUGAUGCAGUUUACAUGAAACAGCUACAUAUCUUAUCAUACUUGAUUGUGAAUUACAUUUUAAAAGUAAUGAACUGUUUCCGAAACGGGGGUUCAACUACAAAUGGGCAGAAAUCCUGUUUAAGGUUUAUAGACCAUUAUUUUACAAGUCAGAUCUACUGAAUCAUUUUAUGAUAAAUAUAGGGUUGCUUAGAAGGAUGGAAAAUUAUUUCCCCAAACUUUUGCUACUAGUUAAUGUAGUUAAUAUAUAUCCUAUACCUAUAUAACCGAGUACAAUAUCCAAAACUGUAAAUAAAAGUUAAUACGUUAAAACUAAAAAUAAAGCUAUUUUCUGGUGCAUUUUUAAAAUACUGAAGAAUCGAUCCCAAUUUUUUAGCAAAACGUAUCUAAUGAUUUUCAACAGAAAAUCACCUUUCAAGUAAGUUUAUGUGGAUUUUUGUAGAUAAAUAAUUUGAAAAGCUCUUCUGAAGGAUUAUGAUUGACCCCUAGGUUUGAAAUAUAUACUGUAUGUGUGUGUGUGUGUAUAUAUAUAUAUAUAUAUAUAUAUAUAUAUAUAUAUAUAUAUAUAUAUAUAUAUAUAUAUAUAUAUAUACUCAAAUUCUAAAGCAGCUAUUUGAUUGGCAGGUUACAGAACUUGCUUUUUUCACCUCUCUAGGGAUUGUGGGACAAAACAGUUGUUUAAUAUCCAUUGUAUUGCACAUAUUUCAUACCUCCUGCUUUUUUGCUUUGCUCAUGAGUCCAUGAUCUGAGAUACAUUUUUAUUGGCAAUUUGGUGUUACUUAAAGGGACAUCAAACUCGUAAUAUGCAUCAGCAAUAAAAUUCUGUAUUGUGCAAAAGAAAUGUUUUCAUAGUAUUACAUUAUAACAUCUUAGUAAAAUACGUCCUUUUAUUUGGUAGGAAGCUUUUCAGUACUUUCGCUGGAAUAGAAAUGCCAAAUUAAAAUAAAUGCAUCAUUUACAUGUAUUGUUAACAAAUAUAAGUAUAAAGUAUAAAUAUUCUUCAGUCUCCUUUGCCUAUUAAAGGUGCCCAAACCUUUGUUUUCCGUUGUGUCUGCUAUGUUAGCAGGAUGCUAAAAUAUGACACUAGAUUUAUGCUUUGCUGUAAUUUUAAUAAAUACAAUUUUUUUUAUGAAGUAAA